AUGACAUGGAAACCGCCGCAACGAGCGGGGCGAGACCCCCUGCACCGCGCCUGCAUCGAGGGCGACCUGCGGCGCGUCCGGCUCCUGCUGCAGCAGGGGCACCCCGUGAACCCGCGCGACUACUGCGGAUGGACCCCCCUGCACGAGGCCUGCAACCACGGGCACCUGGAGAUCGUGCGGGAGCGCUGGCGGCGGGGCGGCGCGGGACGACCCGGGGGGCCCGGCUGUGACGGGGUCACCCCCCUGCACGACGCCCUCAGCUGCGGCCACUUCGAGGUGGCGCAACUGCUGCUGCAGCACGGGGCGAGCGUCAGCGCCCGGGACAGCAGGGGCCUGACGCCGCUGGGCACGCUGGAGCAGUGGGUGAGCACGUACCGGGAGGAGCUGGACCAGGAGACGCGGGAGCGGGCGCGGGACACGGAGCGGCUGCUGCGGGACGCGGCGGCGGCACGAGCCUCCCCGCGGCCCUGCCAGGACCCGGAGCUGUUCGAUGCCGAGACGUCGCAGCAGCGGGACCGGGAGCCGGAGCGCGCCGGCUCCGUGUCUCCGUUGAGGCCGGUGAAGAAGCGGCACCGAGCGAUGGAGCCCGAUGGGUGCGAAGCCGCCAACCGAGCGAGCCGGCGCCCGGCGCUCAUCCCGGAGGAGCAGUACCUGCAGGAGCAGCAGUGGCUGGAGGAUGACCUGGGAAUGGCGCGCGGGGGCCGGAAGCGGCCGCGCCGGGAGCGCCGGGAGCGCCGGGACCUGGACGUGGCUCUGGGGGACACCUCGAGGAUGGAGAAGGAUGAUGGAGGGGACCCGCGGCGCCGGCGCCGCAGCGCUCCCAGGGACAGGAUCCCGCCGGAACGCCGCGGAUCCGGGGGCACCGGAGCCCGUUCCUGAGCACGAGGAGGAGAAGGACGAGGAGGAGGAGGAAGACAAGGACAAGGAGAAGGAGAAGAAGGACAAGGAGAAGGACAAGGACAAGGAGAAGGAGAGAAGGACAAGGAGAAGGACAAGGAGAAGGACAAGGAGAAGGAGAAGGAGGAUGAGUGUGGGGAGAACGCGCCGCCGCUGCCCACGCUCCGCGUCCGUGUCCGCAUCCAGGACAACGUGUUCCU